AUGCGUACCACAGCAGUCCUGAAGAAUGCCGCUCGCACUCCUUUGAUCAAGUUUCUCGGAAAGCGCUCGACGCCAGCUUCCGUUGACCACACUCCUCACGCUCACCCUGCUUCUCCCUCUCAAAGUCUCCCCGACUCCUUCGCCUCGUACCGAGCCAAGGCCCAACAGCAUGGUCCGCUGAACACUCCCGGCCGCGCCGCUUCUCAGUCGUACGGCGCAAUUGGCGGUGCCCCCGGUGUCACUUUGGGACCUGUCGAGCCUCGCAAGGGCGAGUUUUUUGAUCGCCAGGAAUUGCCUACUCGCUUCCACCGUCUGCCCUGGAGCGAAUUGGAGAUUGAGGCCAUUGAGACCGGCGGCGCCAGUCUAUACAACUAG